CAAUAACAAACGUGCCAACUUCUAAACAAAAAUCAAUACCGAUCAUAUUUUAAUAGUUUUCUUAUCUAUCAUUAUAAGUGCGAGGGAAAACUUUUAAGUGUGGUGAUUUCAGUAUCUUUUUUAUCUUCGAUUGUGCUAUUACUUUUAGAAAAGAGAGAUGACUGAAAAUUUCUCAGUUCGUUCCACACGUCCUCAAGAGUAAUAUUUUGACACAAUGUUUGACCAGGUGUACUUCUCCGCUCUCUCUGGUAAUAUAAUUUCAUUUAUUACCGGGACUGCUAUCUCAUGGUCAAGUCCAAUUCUUCCAAAAUUAAACGAAACUGAUGUUGAUAUAAACCCCGUGGGGCGGCAGAUAGACUCAGGAGAAAACUCAUGGAUUAGUUCAUUCUUACCUCUAGGGGCCAUUUUUGGCCCUUUCCUUUUUGGAUAUGCUGCUGAUAAAUUUGGACGAAAAUUCACCCUCUUAGCUCUCGCCAUCCCUUAUAUCAUAUCAUACCUAACCUUGGCUUUCGCCAAAAUUGUUGGCCUUUUUUACUUUGCAAGAUUUUUAAUGGGCCUAGCAGUCGGAGGUGUUUUCACAGUCUUUCCCAUGUACACAGGAGAGAUCGCAGAAGACAAAAACAGGGGUACUUUAGGUUCUGUGAUGAACGUUUUCAUAACCUCAGGCCUACUUUUCUCAUACUGUGUAGGUCCCUACGUGUCUGUAAUGGCCUUCAAUAUAAUCCUAGCUGUUAUUCCCUGCAUUUACCUAGUCUUGUUUUUCUUCCUGGCACCCGAAAGCCCUCAUUAUUACAUCUCAAAAGGCAACCACGAAGCUGCGUCAAAAUCACUAGAAAAAAUUCGAUCUUCUGGCUCGAAAAAUGACGCCGAACUUGAAGAUAUUAAAGCCUCAAUUGAGAAGAGUCAAGAAGGAAGUAUUAGUGACCUUUUCAGUUCCAAAGGCCUGGUCAAGGGUCUCACAAUUUCGGUCCUUUUAAUUGCUUUCCAACAAUUAUCUGGUGUCAACGUAGUCUUGUUUUACGCCCAAACGAUUUUCCAAGCAUCUGGAAGUAAUUUAGAACCGGCAGUGGCUUCCAUUGUCAUCGGAGUUGUCCAAUUUUUGACCAGUUUUGUCACACCCAUCUUGGUAGAAAGACUUGGCAGGAAAAUUCUCUUAUGUUUUUCUGCCCUUGGAAUGUUGAUAGCUCAAGUUCCUCUAGGACUUUAUUUCUUCAUGAUGGACAAUGGAGAUGAUGUUGAUGCGAUAUCAUGGCUACCUUUUGUGUCCCUCAUGGUUUAUAUUAUAUCGUACAAUUGUGGAUUUGGGCCUAUCCCAUGGGCCAUGAUGGGUGAAUUGUUCCCUUCGAAUGUUAAAUCAGUUGCGUCAGCGAUGACGUCUAUGUGUUGUUGGUUUAUUGGGUUUUUGAUUACAAAGUUUUUCCAAUCGGUUGCUGAUGCGAUGGGUAUGGGACCGUCGUUUUGGAUGUUUGGAGGAUUUUGUAUUGUUGCCUUCUUGUUUACUCUAUUUUUUGUUAUUGAGACGAAAGGAAAGAGUUUGCAAGAAAUUCAGGAUAUUCUAGAGUCGUAAAUUGAUUCCAUUGUUAGGAAUUGUGUUGUUAAUAAUAAUAUUUAUUGUACAUAUUUACUUAACAAUAAGCUUAAAUAAAUGUAUUUUUAUAAAA